GGAGAUUUCAUGCUAUGAGCAGCGUCAUGGAAAGUGCGGUGGCUUCAGAUCUCUUCAUCGUGAUUCGCAUGAUCUUCUGAACGGUAAGAGUCUGCAAAGACGGUCUGGCCUGACAUGAAAAAACAAGAACCGCAAGGCAGUGUAGCUGUUGGUAGGGCGAACCCCGCUUGUUGGAGGUCAUUGCAACACUCGAUGACAAAGCAGUUUAAGAUCGAGAUGUCUGUUACCAUGCCAUUGUUGGUGGACCUCGCUUGUACGCUCGUUUUCCUGUUUAGGGAAUUGACAAUGGUGAAGAACAAAAAAAAAACGUCAGCUUUUCGGGUAGUGAUCGUACCGGCACGCUGGGAUGUCGCGUGGCUGUCGCUAGCCGGGAUCGCUUUCAGGCCGCCCUUUGUUAUGAUCUUGAAUGCUUGGAGCUAUCUGGAUGCCAGUACCCGAACCAGUUUAGGAGGGUACCGUUGGUGGUGGGGAUGCUUGCCAAAGAGACGGUGGGAGUAAGCGCCGAUAACGUGAGAGCGGGGUUGCUUCGGUUGGAUGUCUACGCAAAGUUAUCAACGCGAGUGGGACACCAGGUAUGUUUGACACCUUCCUCGAAGGAAGACUACCACUAGUAGACCAACGUAGCGUGCCUUAUGAUGUUGGUUUUGGUAUCACCCACAGAAUCCAGAUUGGGUACAAU